GAGUGAGCGCAGUGGCGCGCCUGUCCCCGCGCGGGUUCCGUAGCGCGUGUGCAGGCUGACGCAGCUGGCGGGCCCUCCUCCCGCUCUGCCGCGGCGUCGGCCGAGUUUGGGGCGUUUGGGAGGGGGGCGAAGGAGCGAGAGUCGAGAGAGGGAGGCGGCGGCGGCGGCGGGGAGGCGGAGGAGCCAGAGGAGGAGGAGGAGGAGGAGCAGGCGCCGCCAUGGCCGCCGCUCUCACCGACAUGGCCGACCUGGAGGAGCUCUCCCGCCUGAGCCCUCUGCCCCCCGGCAGCCCCGGGCCGGCGGCGCGGGGCCGGGCUGAGCCCCCCGAGGAGGAGGAGGAGGAGGAAGAGGAGGAGGAGGCGGAGGCCGAGGCGGUGGCGGCGCUGCUGCUGAACGGCGGUGGGGGCGGCGGCGGAGUGGGGGGCGGCGAGGCGGAGACGAUGUCGGAGCCGAGCCCCGAGAGCGCCAGCCAGGCCGGGGAGGACGACGACGAGGAGGAGGACGACGACGAGGAGGAGGAGGACGAGAGCAGCAGUGGCGGGGGCGAGGAGGAAAGCAGCGCCGAGAGCCUGGUGGGCAGCAGCAGCGGCGGGAGCAGCAGCGACGAGACGCGCUCGCUGAGCCCCGGCGCCGCCAGCAGCAGCAGCGGGGAUGGGGACGGCAAGGAGGGCCUGGAGGAGCCCAAGGGACCGCGGGGCAGCCAGGGCGGCGGCGGGGGCGGCAGCAGCAGCAGCAGCGUCGUCUCCAGCGGCGGCGACGAGGGCUACGGGACCGGGGGAGGCGGAAGCAGCGCGACCUCCGGGGGCCGGCGAGGCAGCUUGGAGAUGUCGUCGGAUGGGGAACCCCUGAGCCGCAUGGACUCGGAGGACAGCAUAAGCAGUACUAUAAUGGAUGUAGACAGCACAAUUUCCAGUGGGCGUUCAACUCCAGCAAUGAUGAAUGGACAAGGAAGCACUACUUCUUCAAGCAAAAAUAUUGCCUAUAAUUGUUGUUGGGACCAGUGCCAGGCUUGCUUCACCUCUAGUCCAGAUCUGGCAGAUCACAUCCGUUCCAUACAUGUAGAUGGUCAGCGAGGAGGGGUGUUUGUUUGCUUAUGGAAAGGCUGUAAAGUAUAUAACACUCCAUCAACCAGCCAGAGUUGGUUACAGAGGCACAUGCUGACACACAGCGGAGACAAGCCUUUUAAGUGUGUCGUCGGUGGCUGCAAUGCCAGCUUUGCUUCUCAGGGAGGGCUAGCUCGCCAUGUACCCACACACUUCAGUCAGCAGAACUCCUCAAAAGUCUCUAGCCAGCCAAAGGCCAAAGAAGAAUCUCCUUCUAAAGCUGGAAUGAACAAAAGGAGGAAAUUAAAGAACAAAAGACGACGCUCAUUACCACGACCGCAUGAUUUCUUCGAUGCACAAACACUGGAUGCGAUAAGACAUCGAGCCAUAUGCUUUAACCUCUCAGCUCAUAUAGAAAGUUUAGGAAAGGGACACAGUGUUGUUUUUCAUAGUACUGUAAUAGCUAAGAGAAAAGAGGAUUCUGGAAAGAUAAAACUUUUGCUUCAUUGGAUGCCUGAAGACAUUCUGCCUGAUGUGUGGGUGAAUGAAAGUGAACGACAUCAAUUAAAAACUAAAGUAGUUCAUUUAUCAAAGCUACCCAAAGAUACUGCCUUGCUUUUGGACCCAAACAUAUACAGGAAGCAAUAUAGAUAUUUUGGUGAAAGUGACAAAAAAGUCAUUCAAGCUCAGAACUGAUGUCCAGAAGUGCAUAGGACUUGCAUCGCCUGUUCUCAGGAACAAUGCCGCAGAAGAGGUUGAAGAGGUAAAAAAUAAAUAAAUACAUAAAAAGCAAACAAGCGGGGACACCUGCAGUCUUAGUCACUGACAAUGGGUUUUAGUAAAAGUUGCACAUUAGAAUCAACCCCCUUCCUUUUUUUCCCUUAAAUCCAGUAUUUAGAAUAUUUAUGCUUAGUGUAAACAUUCUGUGAAUGAAGUAGGCUCUUCUGUGGAAUAUAUUAAUAUAUUACUGUAUAUCCACAUUUUCAUGGAGUGGUACUGUGGGAGACUGAGCAAACACUCUUCUGGCAACUUAGUGGAACAGCUUCUUAAAGGCUUUGCAUGCUUGCUGCUUUAAGCUGCUUUUUUUUUUUUUAAACCCUUUAGUGAUUACAGUAGUUGAUAUUGGAAAGAAAACCAAUUACAACAUGUGCCCUUACAAAUACCAAAAGCACUGUAAGGAUAUUUGUCUUGACAGUGUCUAUUGAUUUGAAGUCUUAUUAGGAAAUAUUUAGACAAUGAAAAUUAUCGAGAGAUAAUUUACCUUUCAAUUAUGAUAAAUAGAUGUGAUUGGUUGCCAUUUGUGUUCUUUUGCAGAACUCUGAUAAGAAAAGUGUUCAAUUUGUAUUUAAGCAAACAGUGAACGACAUUUGCAAUCAACUAAAAAUUCGUCUAUCGAAUUAGGGCUGAGAAUUUCUGUUAAAGAGUGUUGCAGAAUGUCUGGUGGCUCCCCUUUCAGAAGUAGGGUUUUUUCUCAUGGAGUACAGUAUGUUAAUAUUUACCUAUAUAACUAAUUUGUUAACGGUUUUUGAAAAACCUCUAUUUCAAAUUAUUUGGAUAAUCCUCAUAUUUUCAUUUUAACCUAUAUAAUAAGCCUCUUUUUUUUUUUUUUUUUUUUGAGGAAAGCAUUUGGUUUGUGAGCUGUUUUUUUCUUAACAUAAGAAAAAUCAUAUUUUUUUUACAAGUAUCUUCAAACUGAAUCCUUUAUGCACCAAAGUUGGUUUUGAAAAGGAAAAUAAAAUCACUUUCUUGCUUGGUAAGCAAGAAGCCAUAUGGAUUUUUUUUUUUUUAACUUACAAAAAUGGAAAUAUGUGUAACUUGUUAGUAUUGUAUCAAACAAAUGUUGCAUAGAGUUAAUAGAACAUUGCUUGUAAAUAAUUCAGAUUUGUAAUAUAUUUUUAUAUUAUGAAAUGUACUGUAGAUGUUUUUCUAGAGGCAUGAAAAGUUAAAUGUAUAUAUUAUGGGUAGAAAUAAUAUUGAAGGAUAUUGUAAUUCACUAGUGCUGCCAGAGGAAUUGUUAAUAAAGCACCUUCUUUAACAAUAAAUGUCUUUUGCAGACUUAAGGGACUAUGUACUACUGUUAAUAUCUAUAAGAGCAAAACACAUUGAACAUCCUUCCAGAAAGUCUUUGAGGGAGGACCUAUUACCCAUAAUAGAAUUAUGGCACUCAUUUCUGACAGUGACCGUGAAAUCAAUUAUUUCCUUACUGUUGGAAGGACAUAUUGUAAAGUAUGUGGUUAUAUGCAGUCAAACUGCAGAAACUACUCCUGAUUGAGGAGUUUUCACUUUACUACAGUGAUAUAAAAAAACCAGCAGUUUUUACACUAAAAUUUUUUAAAGAAAGAAUAGACAAAAAUAUAGAAUUAAUAAGCCUUUUGGUUCCAAAAUGGGAAAGGUUCCAUGAUACAUAAAUCAUUUCUCAUUUACUUUAAAAAAAUUUAAAAAAAUGAUAAAAAUUAUGGGAGGCUUUAUUCGUUAACAAUGGGGUUAAAGAACUAUAUACAUGAAGUAAGUCAUAUAAAGUUAAAUGAAGUGCAAAUAAAAGCACUGCUUCUGUAAGACAUUCUGGAAUGGUUGUUUAAUAAGGGUAUUAUUCAUACGAUCUGUAGCAAAUGUGAUUUUAUUUUUGAAAAGAAAAGCAGUGUGUUCUCUUACUAUUUUUUGUUUUCUUUUGCUUAAGCACUUCAUCAGUUGCUUUAUUCUGUAUCUAUGAAGUAAUCUGCAAUCUCCUUUGUUCUUUUUAAAUUUUGAUUUGUUAUAAAAUUGCCAAAUAGUGUUUCAGAUAUAUAGUUUGUACCUGUAUUUUUAUUUUAUUGCCUCAUGUUCUUGUAAGUCAUUCUUAAUUGACCGAUGAUUGUAGACCUUGCCUGAGUAUUUUUUCUAAUAAAACAAAGCAAAUCACA